AUGAGAAUACGAAACAAGAGAAUUAGGGAUUUGGCGUCGAUCAUAUUCACCGUCUAUUAUCUGAUCGCGGCAGAACAAGCGGACGACAAGGUCCGAAAAGUAAGGGCCGUGCUGACUGUCGACCAUCUGCGGGUAUCAUGGAACAAACCCAACACACCCUACCUCAAAUGGCUGGGUGCGAUGAUGCGGCCGCGAUUCACAAAGUACAACCCGAGGCGGAUCAGGAUCCCUCGGCCUAAGCAAUCCAACUACAAAGAGCCCGUCGUCGCAUGGAUGUACUUUGACGGGUCGCUUGCCGAGCUCGAGGCGCAAGAAAACUUGGUCCUGGAUAUUCCUGGAGGCGGCUUCGUGGCAAUGGAUCCCCGGACAAGCGACGACAAGCUGCUUGCCUGGGCCGGGAGGACGGGACUCCCGGUCCUCAGUUUGGAUUAUCGCAAGGCUCCAGAAUACCCGUACCCUUAUGCGCUGAACGAAUGUUUCGAUGUCUACACUCAGAUUGUGGCCACCCGGGGAAGAUGCAUUGGCAUGAAACCCGAGUCGUGUCCAAGAAUAGUCCUGACGGGCGAUAGUGCCGGUGGCAAUCUUGCUACCGGUACCACUUUUAUGAUUAUCCAAUCCAACCAAGCCAGGACAUCUCGAGGGAUUUUGCCAUCUCCUGCCGGACUGGUGCUGUUGUAUCCGGCGUUGGAUAUGAACAUUGGAAGCUGGAUGACUGACGAUCAAAUGGCACUGAUCCGCAACCCGAGGACAGCAAAGAAGUAUCGCAGCUUUAUCAAGAGGAAGAGUGAAGAUAUCGACAGUCGCUAUACUCCAACCACCCCCAGGCCUGGUGAUGAUGAUGAGGAUAGUCCCAACCGGGACUUCUUCGGAUUUAGCAGUAAGGACAAAAAGGGCGUGUUCCAGGAAGAUGGCCCAAACGCAGACGUCGAGGCACAGAAGCAGGCCAUUGCAACGUCCAAACCACAACCCUUGAAGACAAGAUUGGCGGUUUCUUCAAUUAUUUCCUAUUUUGGCGACCGAAUAUUGACGCCCGAGAUGAUGCGGGCCAUGAUCAUCCUCUACGUCGGUCCGUACAAUCGGCCCGACUUUACGACGGAUCACCUUCUCUGCCCGGCAGUGGCUCCAGAGAAUCUCCUUGCCAAAUUUCCAAAGACGUACUUCCUCACCGGCGAGCGAGAUCCUUUGGUCGACGACACGGUCAUUUUUGCAGGUCGACUUCGGCAAGCGAAGCUCCAUCUGUUUCGAGAGCGACAAGAGGUUGGACUGGAGAAAUCCACCGCAGAAUUCGAUGAAAAGGACCACGUGGAGGUGACACUGAUCCCUGGUAUUUCUCAUGGCUUUGUGUCGUUUGUUUCGGUGUUUCCUGAAGGCUGGAAGCACAUAUUUCGCUGUGCGAAUUGGAUAUUAGAGAUCUUCGACAAGCCUCCCCAUCAAUUCGAAGGCCCGGCAAUCGAGUCAAGGUUGCGAAACGGAACCCUUACUCAAGACUCCAACAGCAGCCUGGAACUGGCUUCCACCCAGUUGCGGCAUCACCGUCGCACACCGACAGGGGAGAGCGUAGAUGACGAUGCCCCGCUCGUCAUGUCGUCCUUGAGGGAUGAAAGCUCCAAGUCUCCUUCCAAAGCCAAGGAGACGGUGCAAGACGAAAGGCACACCCGUGGUCGCGCAAUCGGUGAGACAGGAAGCACCGAGAAAAGCAGGAGUAAGAGUCUGGUCUCACUGGGGAGUGAGGAAGACCUUCUUAAGCGUCGCAUGAAAGGCUUGACCAUCAGUCUGAUGGGGACCAACCAUACCUGA